AUGAAGGACCUGAAAUUUCGAACAAGUGCUUCAGACAUGUCAAGGCACUUGAAGACCCAUUCCCAGGAUCACCUAUACCAUUAUAGUAAUUGUACAAUAACUUACAGUAAGUACUUAAACAAUAUGAUUGUUCACAAAGAGGCUUGUCUGAUUGAGAAAGAGCAACCAGGGGAGGUUCCCUCUGGAGAGAGCGUUAGUCCUUCAGCUACGGGACAGAAAUACUCAGAGCUAUCUGGCAGUACACAGCAGCAACCAUAUGCAGGGGGAAAAAUACAUGAGUCGUCCAGGGCAAACCAGAAAAGCAGAAAUCUCACAAUCUUCAUCAGCGAACCUCAGAGUUCGUCCUCCAUCAACACCACUGUUGAGCAGGAGCUGUCACACACGAUAAGAUUCCCCCGAACCACAUAACCUCAGAAGAGCGCCCCCCGUCAUUGUUUGAUGUGUGAUAAGAUAUACAAGUUCGGAGAAACACAGACUUAUAUGUGAAAAAGACUCCAAACAAUCGCAUAGCAGAUCUCCAGCUAGUGAUGACAUGGACUCAGUCCAGCGAAACAGUCUAGAAACCUGAGGGAGAGGAUACCGAGCCAUCCAGUGGAACUCAUCGAGGCCACCAGUACACCUCAGGACACAUCUUUACAUUUUACAUUUAACAUCUUACAUCCAAUUUAGCAACCUAGCCAGACCAAAACACACAAACAGUCAAAAGUAUGCCGCAUUUGCAAAAAGCGUUUGCCAAAAUCUAGCAGCAAGAAAGUUCACAUGAGAUCCCGCUCAGAUCUGCGCCCUCACACACGUCCUCAUUUUGAGAAGAAUUUCAUGUUCAUAAUAACACUGAGGGCACAAGAACUCACCCACAACACACUCUUCUGCGCUCUGUGUUCGCAGACCCCAAAAAGCUAG